AUGUCAGUUCUCCAGAGCCAGCUUCCAGGAAAAAGCCAGGAUGAGCUCCCAAAUGGUGCAGCCAAAGAAAAUCACGACAAACUGCUGAACUUCACAAGAGAGGAACAGACUGGUGAUGCUGAAGCUACAGAAGCGCUUCUAAACCAGGCUGACGUUCAGGUGGCUCUAGAGAAAAACAUUGUCAUCAACGCUGGCGAUAUGGCAGAUGGCACAUCUACAAUAGAAAACUGGAGAGAGCCAGCUCUGGAUGGUGACACUGACACAGACAUAGAGCAAAAGAAAGGUGUUGUCAAUGACACAUCUGCCGAUAAAAGACGGACAAGAUGGCAGAAGUUUUGGCAAUCAUCAUCUCUCGAACUAUGGGGUUUCCGCUGCAUGCUCGUGUCCACGAUCCCUGGAAGUGCCUCUGCGUAUCUGCUGAGCUACAUCCCGACCAUCUGCAAGUUCCAAGGCGCAAGUUUUGAGCAGGCGGCGUUCCUGACUACAAUCAUGGGUGGCGUGGACCUGGUCAGUCGUAUCUCGACGGGAUUUAUUGCCGACACUAAAGUCUUGCUUCCAUCACGUUUAGCUGUCAUUGUACUACUGGGCUUAGGUAUCGGAUGUCAUUUUGUCAGAUACGCCACGUCGUUUGUAACUUUAAUUCCAAUGAUAGUUUGUACAGCAAUCUUUCUUGGUUCCCGAGUACCGCUGCAUUCACUAAUGUGUCAAGAGGUGGUGGGACCUCAGAAGUUCCCUCAAGCCUACAGCUUGUUAACUGUGAUUAUUACUCUGUCAUCAUCGUCGUUAAACCCGGCACUAGGUGCCGUGGUUGAAGCUACAGGAUCGUUUGUCCCUGUGCUGCAUAUCCUAGGAGUGUGUUUUCUCAUCAGUGCCGGCAUGCUGGCUUGUCUGCCGCUGUUUGUACGUCUCGAUGUUAAACAUGGCAAAAGGAAAUAA